AUGCUCCGCAAACGGACGUUGAAAGUGUUUCACAGCUACAUGUCGAGGUUCGCAAAAAGAAAAAGAGAACUUAGAAGGAAGCUUGAAAGAUCACGAGCACAGGCAAGAAGGCAAGCGAUGUCUCAAUCGUUCGACAUCUGGUCUACGACUCUUGCAGAUCGGGAUCUCAGAGCAAAAGAAAAGCUUUGGAAUGAUCUGAAGUCAACGAGAGAUCAAUUCUUCAACUCAUCCCAUGAAAGAACAAACCAUGCAGCCGGGCUCUUCUCCUCCAUCGACACUAUGAUGGGUUUCUUCAUCACAGCUUGUCCUGAUUGUUUGAGGCAGGAGCAUAUGAAGGCGUUUGAGGCCCUCGUUGGGUCAGUCAGCAAAGUUUUGAGCCAGUCAGAACGUAUGCUGCCAGGUAUCAACAAUUGUAGAGAUGAACGGACGAGGCCAGAGAAGGAAGAAGCGUGUCUGCAUGACAUGCAUGAGAACAUUGAGCCUGUGACGGCUGUCGAGGAUUCAAGCAUGAAUUCCUUCUAUUCUUCUAUCGAGCGCAAAUCCCCAUCCUUUGAGAAUGUUCUGGAAUACACGGAGAUGCACACUGCAAUCGAGCCAGCAGAUGACAGCAAAACUCUGAUCGCUGCUACACUGCAAGAGUGCAAAGAUAUCAUCGAGUCAUUCGAUACGGAGAUUGUCAACGCUCUGUCCUUCUUUGACAGAAGUUUUGACGUCGUUGAGGUCUCGGAAGAAGGAUCAGCAGAAUCUCAGCUGAUCACCGCAAAGCUGUACCUCGACAAGAAAGAUUGGAGACGGGAUGCAACCUUCUUGCUAGACAGCAUCGUUGUUGACAUCGCAAGAGCUCUGAAUGGGAGGAGGGAAGGGGUGAAGGCUCGCUUUCUUGAGGAUGAAGACCCUUGCAUCGAGGUUCAAGUCUUUCCUCAGUUCUGUCGGGAUGGAAGGAAUGUACAUCAGAUUCUCAAGGAACUUGAGCGGCAAAUCCACCUGGCAGACUCUCCUUUGAAGCACGGGUUCUACACCUCCAGAGUGAAGAGCAUCACUGUACAGAGAAAGACGAACGGAGGUGAGAAGAGAGAGAGCUCUCUGAUUGAGCUCGAUCACGCGAAGAAGAAAGUGUCGUCGACUUUGAUCAAGGUCAAGACCUUCAUCGCUCUCGUGAGGUCGUUUGUACAGAACUCCAAAGACGAGCUGAAUAACUCUAGGGAAGAAAACAUUCAUCUGCAGCAGAAGCUGAAAGAUCGACACAACCUCAUACAGGAGCUGUCAAGGCGGUGCGACUACAUCGAGACUUCGAACCGCGAGCUGAUGCUGAGACUCAGGGAAGCUCACGCCCAUUCAGAGCUGCUGCAAAGAAAAGUCACCUCAGGGCCGCAGGUCUCUUGGAGGCCCAACAACUACUGGAGGCAACUUGUUCAGAACAUGCUUGCAGAGGCCGAGGCCGCUAGUCUCGAGUGCAUGGAGAUCUCCUCGCGACUGAACGCCUUCUUCAACAAGUUGGAUAGCGCCGACAUGCUGAAGCUAAAGUCCCCAAAAGACAAGCACGCUCGAGCAAAUUCAGCCUGCCUGCAAAAUGAUCUCAUUGAAUCAAAGAUCGAAUAUCACGUGCUCAAAAACAAAUACGUCAAACAGAAAGAAAUCUCCAACUAUCUCCUUUAUCAGUUGCAGAUCUACAAAUCUAAAGAGCUGGUGGGGAAGGAGCUGAAUCAGCCUAGUCCUUCAGCUGCUGUGCAGGACAAGGACGCGUUGCUGGCUCAGAUAUCUCCUCAAGACGUCACUCUCGAGCCUGACUUGAUGUCGCAGAGAGGUUCUGGAGACGAUGACGUGUCAGAGAGAUUUGAGCAGAUUUCAUUCCAGGAACAAGGGGAUCAGCAGAUGAUUGAGGUCGCAAAUGUCAGCAGCAAAGCAGAGAGUCUGUCAGAUCUCAGGGAGCGUAUGAGUAUAAUGCAGCACAAUUACCAGCAAACCAUUAUUGAACUGGAGGAAAGUAAGAAUCAAGAUAAACAGAUUCAGAGCAAACUGUUGAGAAACCUGAUGAAGUUCAGAAAGCGCGAAAGUCAGAUAGGAAAGAUGAUAAUGUUGAGGGCAAAGCGAGUCCUCACAGACAAACUUGACGAUCUGUUCAGACGAAACAACAAGAACGACAUGGUUGAUAUGGUGUUCAGCAUGUGGAGGUCUCUCCUUGAUCACCUUGAUGGUGGUGCAGGAGUCGAAAAGAUGAAACUGAUGAACCCAGAGCUCUUCAUAUCCAAGGACUCCCCGUUCCGAGUCAAAUCUGUCAGAUACAGUGAAGACGAAGUGCAUGACUGGACUGCUCUCAACGACGAGACCAGGCUGGUUCAACCAGGAGACAUCUUGCUGUCUGUCAAUUCUGUUGAGAUUGGACGCAAUUCAAUUCAUUCAGUGAGGACUCUGGUAGAUGAAAGUCCAGGAGUUCUCGUCGACCUUGAAUUCUUCUCACAGCGGCACAAUCAAACGUUUCUGAUCAAAGCAUUCAAGUUCUGUGAGAAUGAGUUGUAUGAAAGUUUUACUAUAGCAUGA